CGCGGAGCCGGAGUAGGAGCCCGAGGCUGCGGCCCAGAGUGCGCCCAGCCCCGCCGCGGCCCAGCCGGAGCCCUCUCCCGCCGCCUCUCCGCGCCCGGGCCCGGCCCCGCUCCGGCCCCCGACCCUCAGCCCGGCCCGGUCCGGCCUCCCCGCGGGGUCACGCGGCUGCCCCGGGGACGAUGAACGGAGGAUAAAUGGUGCCCAAGGCAGACAGCGGUGCCUUCCUGCUGCUCUUCCUACUCGUGCUCACCGUCACCGAGCCGCUGCGGCCAGAGCUGCGGUGCAACCCUGGGCAGUUUGCCUGUCGCAGUGGCGCCAUCCAGUGCAUCCCCCUCCCCUGGCAGUGUGACGGCUGGGUGACUUGUGAGGAUGAGAGCGACGAAGCCGACUGUCCAGAAGUGACCGGGGAGUCACGUCCUUACCAUGGGAAGGAGGCUGUGGAUCCGCGGCAGGGGCGGGCCCGAGGUGGCGACCCCACGCACUUUCACGCAGUGAAUGUGGCGCAGCCCGUCCGCUUCAGCAGGAAGUGCCCAACAGGGUGGCACCACUAUGAAGGCACGGCCAGCUGCUACAGGGUCUACCUGAGCGGGGAGAACUACUGGGAUGCUGCGCAGACCUGCCAGCGCGUGAAUGGCUCCCUCGCCACCUUCUCCACCGACCAGGAGCUGCGUUUCGUCCUGGCCCAGGAAUGGGACCAGCCGGAGCGGAGCUUUGCUUGGCAGGACCAACACAAGUUGUGGGUUGGCUACCAGUAUGUCAUCACUGGCCGGAACCACUCCUUAGAAGGUCGCUGGGAGGUAGCAUUCAAAGGUUCCUCAGAGGUGUUCCUGCCCCCAGACCCCAUCUUCGCCUCGGCCAUGUCUGACAGCGACAGCGUGCUCUGUGCCCAGCUCCAGUGCUUCCACUUCCCCACCCUCCGCCACCAUGACCUGCACAGCUGGCACGCUGAGAACUGCUACGAGAAGUCCUCGUUUCUGUGUAAAAGAAGUCAGACAUGUGUUGACAUCAAGGACAACGUGGUGGAUGAGGGGUUCUACUUCACCCCCAAAGGGGAUGACCCAUGCCUGAGCUGCACCUGCCAUGGAGGGGAGCCUGAGAUGUGUGUGGCUGCCCUCUGCGAGCGGCCCCAGGGCUGCCAGCAAUACCGCAAGGACCCCAAAGAGUGCUGCAAGUUCAUGUGCCUGGACCCAGAUGGCAACAGCCUGUUCGACUCCAUGGCCAGUGGGAUGCGUCUGAUUGUUAGCUGCAUCUCCUCCUUCCUCAUCCUGUCGCUGCUGCUUUUCAUGGUCCACCGGCUGCGCCAGAGGCGCCGGGAACGCAUCGAGUCCCUCAUUGGAGCAAAUCUGCACCAUUUCAACCUUGGCCGGAGGAUCCCUGGCUUUGAUUACGGCCCGGAUGGGUUUGGCACAGGCCUCACGCCGCUGCAUCUUUCUGAUGAUGGAGAAGGCGGGACUUUCCACUUCCACGACCCUCCACCUCCCUACACUGCAUACAAGUACCCGGACAUUGACCAGCCUGAUGACCCGCCACCACCCUAUGAGGCCUCCAUCAACCCCGACAGCGUGUUCUACGACCCUGCAGAUGACGAUGCCUUUGAGGCAGUGGAGGCCGGCCCGCCGAGCCCAGGGGAUGGUGGUGGUGAAGGUGCCUCGCCCCGGCGCCUGGAACAGCCUCUGCCCGCCGCGGGGGCCUCUCUGGCAGACCUGGAAGACUCAGGCGACAGCAGCAGUGCCCUGCUCGUGCCCCCCGACCCCACCCAGAGUGGGAGCACCCCAGCCACAGAGUCCCUGCCAGGGGGUGGCCGCCACAGCCGCAGUUCCCUCAAUACCAUGGUGUAGAGGACAGCCUGGCCCUUGGCCCUGAUGGGCAGGGAGCACCUGUUUGCUGUCGAGACUCGAGGGGCCCCUGAGUGAGCCUGGACCCAGCUGCACUGUGCACGCUCACUGACGGCGUGCAUGUGGAGAACAUGCUGCCUCCCAAAGGAGCGAGCACCUGCACCCGGUCUCCUUGAGGGCUUCAAAAACACGUAUAGCUUUGGGUCACUGUCUUUUUCUUUUUAAGUGGCAGAAGAAUGACAAAGUUUGUUCAAACUACAUGUUUCACAAGUAGGGAACAAAAAAGGCUCUGUGGGCCUGGGUGGGGGCCCAGCCACACUCAGCUUUCCCAGCUUUGGUGGGCUUGCUGGCUGCAGCAUGCCAUCCAGAGGAGCCUGCCACCUGGCCACCAAGUCCAGGGCUGCUUCAGUCACCUCACGGGCCGCUGCUCUGAAGGGGCGCUUCUGGGCGCGGGGUGUGGACUUUCAGUACCAUCAGGGCAGGCGGCCUUGGAGGUUGCUCCGGGGGCUGCUCUCGGGAUGACCUUCCACAGGUCCAGCUGUGAACAUUGGGGAUGACCCUGCCACAGGCCGGGGGCUGGCCUGGGGCUCUAGUGCCGGAGGCCCUGGGAAGGGGAGCUUGAAGGAGGUUGAACUCUCCACUCCAACUUUCCAACUGGGCUCUGCAAAGCCCAGUUCUGUGCCAGGAGGCCCUGGCCCCACCCUGUGAGUUUUCUCCCCAGCAUUACUGUGCAUGGCUCCCCCAGGAGGUGGCUCUGGACCUGGGCCAAGGCCCUUGUCCAUGCAUGAGUGUCCUGGCCCUGGAUCCUCCACUGGGGCUUGGGGGCAAAGCCAGCUCCUGUCUGCUACCCUCUGGGGCAGCCACUGUUGAAUCUGCCCCUGGGCCUGGCCUGCCCCAUCCCACCUUAUUUGUGCCAUAAAGGGUUGUUUCUCUGGGGGGAGGGGUGGCUGAAAUUAGUGUCCUGGGCUGUGUCUAUCUCUUGAAAGUCCACUUUUUGCACACCACCACCACCACUGGAGCCAAGUGCCCGGUGGCUGCAUGCCACCUUCCCGUCCUCAGCAGCACAGGGUGCUGGGUGCCCUGCCCGGGGGCGUUUUGACCAAGGGACCCUGACGCCUGCUCCUCGGCAGUGGUCUUGUCUCCUGACACAGGGCUUUUAGCAUUUCUGACGUUUGGAGAUUAAGCGGGUUCUGUGCGAUUUUUAGCACAUCCAUAUCUUUUCUACAUUGACUGUCUGGAUCUUUUCUUUUUUGUGUGUGCGUGUGUUUGUAUGUGUAUGUAUAUGUCCAAGUGUUUGCAGGUGGUGGCGGUACACAGGAACUUGGACGUGGGGCCCCACCUUCACAGGCCAGCCGUGGCAUCUUGGGCAGCUCCAAGGCAUGACCGGGUCCACGCCUCUGCCCCUCAGCUGAGAGCGCGGAGCCCUGCCCACCCUCGCAGACCAGCAUGCAGCGAGGGGAGCAUUGGCGUGAAGUGGGUGCUUCUGUGGUGCUUCAUGGUGACAGACCUCAGCGGCACAGUCCAGUUCUGGUCAUGUUCUCACACUCUCCAGUUGAAACUCUGUUUUGUUCUUCCAUUAUGGAAUGAGAUUCCUGAGUUGCCCCACAGACCUGACUUUCGUCCCCAGAGCUGACCGGAGGUGUGAGUUUUGUCAUUGAACUGCCUGUCCCUGGGCUUGGCCUGCAGGAGCCAGAGUGCUAGAGGCAGGCCUCACGCAGGCGGGCUGUGUGCCGAGCAGGCCUGCGUGCCCCUUGCCGAAGGGCUGAUACUUCUUUGAGAACGGUGUCCUGGGCACAUGUGCUCACACUGGCUGAGGAAGACAAAGCAGGAAGCAUGUCGUGCCUCCAGCAUGCGCUAGGCGCAGGCCUUGUUGCUGGGCAAGAGUCCUGAGUUGCCUGCUUGGGAGUGAUCACCCCAAUGGAGCCCCACAGGGGCCUGGCCCCCAACAGCUCAGGGUCCCUCCCAGCCCCGGUGUUUCUGGCCCAGGCCUCAACACUGUGUGGACAGGACAGGACAGCUGGCAUGUGCUGUGUGGGACUGGGGAACUUCCUUUUGGGACUGAAGGACUGCCAAGGGGGUUAGUCAGGCAUGCAGGAGGGGUGACCUGAAGCAGACCAUGGGGAUUGCAGAAGGUGGGCCUGCUUCUGGACUGGCCAGGGUUCUGUCCAACAGUGCUCAGCUUAGGCGCCAGGGUGCUCAGUCUUCUGACAUCCUUGGGCUGUGCAGAAGGCCUGUGUGCUGCCCGCUGCGUCUCUAGGAGUUGGUGCCCCAGGAGCUGAGCUCCCCUGGAGGACGGUUGUGAGGGGAGCAGGGGGAGGGCUGGGGUCUGCCCGGCUGUCUGCAGCCUCUGUCCAGUCGCCGCCCUUUGUAAGAUCUGGUUGUGCUUCAUGGUCCAAUUAAGAAUCCCGAGGCCAGCCCUAGCUGAGACUCCUGUGCUCCUGUGGGAGAUGGCCCCCCAGCCCCAUGCACACUGGGCCCCUGGAGGGACAGGCCAGGCUCUUGGGGGGCCCCUUCCCUUGGGGCCUGAGCUGUCUGGCGGAGGUGGAAGUCAAUAUAUACAUUGUCUCAACGCCUGUUCUUUAUGUUUUCCUUUCACUAAGGGUUUUUAGUUUGGGUUUAUUUUUGGUUGGGUUGGCACUAAUCCUUUCUUAAGAUGCUGUGAGAACCAUUUCAUCCAAAUGCCAAAUAAAUUUGUGUUCUGGAA